AUUAGACUAAGCACUUAAUAUUAAUUAAUUUAACGACAAGAAAAAUAAAUAAAUAAAUAAACAAAAAUAGAAUUAAGGAAUCUUCGUCUUAAUAAUGAUUAUAAUAAAUAAUAAACAACUUCUUUUAAUCCUCGCACCUGAACACAUUCCCUUUCCCCAAAAAAAACACCUCUAAUUCCCCUUUUAAUUAAGUUGUCGCUUCCUUCGUUUCUAACGCACAUGGCUACUCCCAUCACUUACCAACCACCUUCUCCUCCGCCACCCCCGGCCGCAAAAUCGAAUUUGCCCAUGUUGUACUACGGCCUAAUUGUCGUCGGAACAGCCGCGAUCGUUCUCGCUCUAUACAACAUCAUAGUCAUCAGACUGUGCUCCGAUAGCCGGCGGAGGCAGCUAUCAUCACAGAGGCAAAACUCGUCGUUCGUUGAGGUCAAUACGACGUCGUCCAGGAUGGGGUUUGAGAGCAGAGAGUUACCGUCUAGCUUCAAGUACAAAAAAGAGAAGGCGGAGGCUGUGGCGGAGGACGAAGUCGAUCAGUCUGAAUGCCUGGUCUGUUUAUCGGCUUUUGAAGAAGGAGAGGAGAUUAGGAAACUUCCAAGAUGCAAACACUCUUUCCACGCUCCUUGUAUUGACAUGUGGCUCUGCUCUCACUCGGACUGCCCGCUGUGUCGGACGCCGGUGGUUGUAGCAGCCGACGGAAGGUGUUAUCGACUUCUGAUAAGUCCUCCCGAGGAGAAUUCUAGACAAUAGUUUUGCUCAAUUCUGCAAUCCCUGUUUGAGAUUUUUUUUAAAAUAUUAUUAUUAUUAUUAUUACUACUUUGCAAGUGGCGGUGUUGUUAGGGAUGAGAAUGGUGGUAAAAGUCUAAUGAUAUUUGAUAGGUUGAUAGUGGGGACGAUGAUGACUAAAGUAAGGUAGAAUGAGCAGACUUGAAUGAUGUUUGACUAUCUAUGCAUGGGAUGAGAUUAGCCAGUAAUAGGUAACUUGGCCCACCCCCAUCCCCACCUGUAAAAAUUCUUGAAUAUUGUGUUUGCCUAGUAUAACGCCUUCAUUUUUUUUAUA